CACACAGACGCACACGCGCAUCCCUGGGCCAUGGGGUGCACGUGAGCCCACACCCCCCACACCCAGCCCUGCCUCUAGCCAGAGCAUCCUCAGCAGCUGCCACUGAAGCAGCCUCCUCCUUCUCGUCGUCCUCCUCCUCCUACCACUGCUGCUGCUGUGAUCGCCUAUCCCCUCUCAUCCUUCUUCCUCGCCAAUUCCUGCUCCUCCUCCCCGCAUCCCCGGCUCCUCCUGCCCGGCAGCUAAAGGCAGAACCCUCGGCAGCAGCUUUCCUUCUCUCCUGCCACGAAGAGGUUGAAACAGCCCAGUACACCAGCCCAUCUGAGUUCACUUUGCCUCUCAAUUUUGUUCUUCAACCUAUUUGAUCCUCUGCCAGCUUUGAGUCAUCUUCAGACGUGGAGCUGUGAAAUCAGCUGCAACUGAAAAUGUCUGACAGCUUGGAUAAUGAAGAAAAACCCCCAGCUCCCCCACUGAGGAUGAACAGUAACAACCGAGAUUCUUCAGCGCUCAACCACAGCUCCAAACCACUGCCCAUGGCUCCGGAAGAGAAGAAUAAGAAAGCCAGGCUUCGCUCUAUCUUCCCAGGAGGAGGGGAUAAAACCAAUAAGAAGAAAGAGAAAGAACGCCCAGAGAUCUCUCUUCCUUCAGACUUUGAGCAUACGAUUCAUGUGGGUUUUGAUGCAGUCACCGGGGAAUUCACUCCAGAUCUCUAUGGCUCACAGAUGUGCCCAGGGAAGCUCCCAGAGGGAAUUCCUGAGCAAUGGGCACGAUUACUCCAAACCUCGAACAUAACAAAGCUGGAACAGAAGAAGAACCCACAAGCUGUUCUUGAUGUCCUCAAAUUCUAUGACUCCAAAGAAACGGUCAACAACCAGAAAUACAUGAGCUUUACAUCAGGAGAUAAAAGUGCACAUGGAUAUAUAGCAGCACAUCAGUCGAAUACCAAAACAGCUUCAGAACCUCCUUUGGCCCCUCCUGUAUCUGAAGAAGAGGAUGAAGAAGAGGAAGAGGAAGAAGAUGACAAUGAGCCCCCACCUGUCAUUGCACCAAGACCAGAACAUACAAAAUCAAUCUACACUCGUUCUGUGGUUGAAUCAAUUGCUUCACCAGCUGUACCAAAUAAAGAAGCCACCCCACCUUCUGCUGAGAAUGCCAAUUCCAGUACUUUGUACAGGAAUACAGAUCGGCAAAGAAAAAAAUCCAAGAUGACAGAUGAAGAGAUCCUAGAGAAGCUAAGAAGCAUUGUGAGUGUUGGAGACCCAAAGAAGAAAUAUACAAGAUUUGAAAAAAUUGGCCAAGGGGCAUCAGGAACUGUUUACACAGCACUAGACAUUGCGACUGGACAAGAGGUGGCCAUAAAGCAAAUGAACCUUCAACAGCAACCCAAAAAGGAAUUAAUUAUUAAUGAAAUUCUUGUCAUGAGGGAAAAUAAGAACCCCAAUAUUGUCAAUUAUUUAGAUAGCUACUUAGUGGGUGAUGAACUGUGGGUAGUUAUGGAGUACCUGGCUGGUGGCUCUUUGACUGAUGUGGUCACAGAAACCUGCAUGGAUGAAGGACAGAUAGCAGCUGUCUGUAGAGAGUGCCUCCAAGCUUUGGAUUUCUUGCACUCAAACCAAGUGAUCCACAGAGACAUAAAGAGUGACAACAUUCUCCUCGGGAUGGAUGGUUCUGUUAAACUGACUGAUUUUGGGUUCUGUGCCCAAAUCACCCCUGAGCAAAGUAAACGAAGCACUAUGGUGGGAACUCCCUAUUGGAUGGCUCCUGAAGUGGUAACUCGAAAAGCUUAUGGUCCAAAAGUUGAUAUCUGGUCUCUGGGAAUCAUGGCCAUUGAAAUGGUGGAAGGUGAACCUCCUUACCUUAAUGAAAAUCCACUCAGGGCCUUAUAUCUGAUAGCCACUAAUGGAACCCCAGAACUCCAGAAUCCUGAGAGACUGUCAGCUGUAUUCCGUGACUUCUUAAAUCGCUGUCUUGAGAUGGAUGUGGAUAGACGGGGAUCUGCCAAGGAGCUUUUGCAGCAUCCGUUUUUAAAAUUAGCCAAGCCUCUUUCCAGCCUCACUCCCCUGAUUAUCGCGGCAAAGGAAGCAAUUAAGAACAGUAGCCGUUAGAACUGCGAGCCUUACCCCUCACCGUGUCCUGGAUGAGUAAGACUAAAAUCAAACUCUGCUGCAGGAUCCACAGAAGAAGAGACAGUCAAAUGGAUGGAGUGAGGGUUCUUUAACUUUCAAGUGAAUAGAAACUUCUUAUAAACCUUUUUCCUACUCCCUCAGAUUAUGUAAUUUAUUUGUAAGCCUGAACCGCAGCCCACACAGGGCAGCAAUGUCGAAGUAGCCAUUAAGUGGCCACUUCCACCGUGAAGCGAAAGAGCCAGUAGUGAAUCCCCUCAUUUUGUGCAUUUACUUUGAAGAAAAAAAGAUUUCUCAAAGAUGCACACUCCCUCUUCAUAGUGCUGUGUUUAUUUUUAAGUUAGAGAGUAGUCCCUCUUCCAUUCGAACCUCUUUCAAAAUCCCUUACCCAACGUGAUGUUUUUUUCACUUGCAUUGUCAUUAGGUGUUCAGAAAAAUAAAAGAUGUCAAAAUGUUUUUUUUUAAAAAAAGAAAACAAAAAAGCAAAGAAAAACAAAACAAAAACAAACAAAAACGUAAAAAAAAAAAAAAAUAGAACAAGUGCCGUGUGAAGCCGUGGACGUCCAUGCCCUAAUAGAGUCGCAAGCUUUUUAUUCUUCUUCUGUAGUGGUGGCUUGGUUUGUGUACCUAUUUUUCUGCAUUUGUAUUGGAAAAGGUUUCCUUUAAGACAUUUUCCAAAAAACAGAGAGGAAUAUGAGUGUUCAGGAUGGGCUUUUAAAUGUUGUGUCAUAACAAAGCUCUAAUUGUGAGAUCCUCUCACAAGUCGCAUGGAUGCUAAUGUAGUAGUUGAAUUGUCAUGUAAAGCAGCUUGUUGGCCUCUGUGAUCACAGAAAAAGGACACACUGAAAAUGUGGCAGUGCUGCUGGGUGAGUCCAGGUCCUAAACCUAGGAUAUCCUGAUGGGAGAAACCUUACUUACACGAAGAUGGGACUUUCUCUGAGAGCCAAAAGAAAAAUGCAGAACUCCUCAUUGAGCAGUAAAUAAGCAAAGAGAAUAGUGAAUUUAAUCCUCUUUUGUGCUCCUGUAACAUAAGCAUUGUACAAUAGGCACAUUCUGAGGAAAUAGAUCCAUUAGCCAAUGCUUUUCAUGAUAAAAAUAUUCAUUUUUGGCAAUUUGUAACACAUAAGACUUUUUUUAAAAGAUGUAGAGAUCAGAGAUGUAGUAAAGUAUUCAACUCUUUAAGAAAUGGAAAGUCAAUGAAAGUUACAUCCCAGUCAACACAUGGCUCUAAAUACUUGAAACUGAUUUUUCUAUGUAUCUCCAAUCUCUUUUUUGGUACUUGACUAUGGUAUGUUCUUAUUUAUUUUCUUGGGCUUUUCUCCUUUAAAAACAUGUUCCUAAAGGUGUUGGAAGUUCACCAAAAAAAUUAAUUUUGAUCUGUACUCAUAUUUCCCAAGAAAUAGUCCAACGGAAUUCUUUUUGUGGCUUGAGGAAAAUUCUAAAAUUUGACUGCUGUUUCACUAUUUAUAGUUAUUAAAAUUUAUUAGUCUCCUGAGAGUAGAAAAACAUCUGGACGGUAUCUGCAUAGAAAAGGAUAUGUCUCUUUUGAGUGCAUAGUCAGUUGUAUGAAUUCUAGAAAAUUGUUUCUCUAAGCCUUUGAAAAGCCACCAAUCUAUGUUAUACGGCAUUUCUUAAUUUGUAGAGUUAAAGAAACUGAAUAGACUUUACCUAUAUUCAGUGUGGGGAGCAAGAUGAGCAGCAGAUUACUCUCUGCUCUGUGAGGCCCAUCUGUUCAUUUAAGCAUCCAUCCAUUCCUUCAAAUGAGAGCACUUUCUCUAGAGUUUCUGCGGAUCAUAUAGUAUAUAUGUUUAUGUUGAGAGACGGAACCACUAGUGGAUUUCCUAUUUUCCUAUAUUAUAAAAUUUAGGAGGGGUUUGCCUUUCCCCUGAAAAUAUCCACCAUGGAAUAAAAGACAAAUGUGAAAGAAAAUCAAAUGAUUAUAUUAAUUUCAAGUUUAUUUUACAAAGGGAUAUCUGGGCCUAAAAUUUUAAAUGUCACACCUCUCUAUUGAGAGAGGAGGAACCUUAUUUUUUUUAUUCUAUUUUAUUUUAAAUUAAGGAUUUUUCCCACUUGGAGUGCCAGGGAAUUCCACAAGAUACCUGGGAUGUAAAUAGAAUUUAAUUGAUUGAUGGCUAUGCUCGGCUAAUAGAGAGAACCCAAACCCUGGUUGGGAAGUCCAAGACAUCAGUUAACAUCCUUUGCAUGUUGUAAAGGCCUUUGUUAUUGUUGCUGCUGUUGCUGUAGUUGUUGUUGUUGUUAUCCUUAUUUAGAAGACCCUGGAGCUGUGGUCCUUCAGGUCACUGUUGGCAGAGAAAUGGCUGCUCUUGAAGCUCUCCACUCAGCCUAUUAACAGUGAAGGGCCAGGUACUUAUUUACCAUCACUUUUGUACCGAGAUUUAAUAGUCUCUGUUCCAGUAGGCAUUACUUGUACAAAAUUAUACCUGUGUACAUUUUCAAAUGAGAACAGCUUCUAAAGUCUUUUCCUUGUAUUGAAGAGUUACAUAUAUUUCUAAUAAGUAUUAGAGAGAAACUAUUUCUCCUGCCAAAAUGAGGCUGAAGCAUCCAUACUUGCUAUACAACUUAGCCUCCAGAUGGUUAGUAGUUUAUUCCCUUUCCUUGAUUUUGUUUUGAGCUCAUCUUAAUCCAGGUGAGGCUGUCCAGAUCUGUAACAUUACUAGUGUGCCCUAAGACAUUUGUGGGCAUAUUUUUGAAUGUUGAUUCAAAAAUGUCCUGAGGUAGGAAUAGGGCAGUGGGAAAGUCAGGGAAGGGUGAGAAGCACAGUAAAGAUUAUUUAUUUAAGAAAGAAUAGAACAUUAAUAUUGUAGCAAGGAUUCAGUUUGUUGUCAUAAUCCCAUGUGGAUUUGGGGAUGACGCAAUCCCCCUACAUCAGUCAACAUGUUGGAUAAUGACGUUGUCCUUGCUGAUCUUGUCUGUGUGUUAUUGUAAAUAUUUGUGCGUCCAUGCUCCAUUUUGGCUACUGGAUGGCCAAGUCAUAUGAAAAGAUUUAACUCAAGUAUUUAUUCUUUAAUUGUGUUCUUCAGAUUUCUUUCAGGCGUAUGAAUUAUAUCCAAUGUUUUAGUUGAACCACCUAGUCCUCACAUCUAUCUCUCCCCUGUGAAGCACAUUCCAUUGCUAAAAGAUAAAAAAAAAAAGAAAUAUAAAUUGCUUCCUGUUUUCUGUAUAACUGUUUUGAUAGUUUAAGAUGUUUGUCUAUAAUGGAUAUCUCUCACCUCAAAAAUUGUGUAAAUAAUUAUAUCCAUUUCCUCAAUGGGUCGUUUAUUUCUAAUGAGGCUGCCAGUUCUCAGAGAGAGUCUAUGAAGUAGCUUUUUAAUAACACAAACAUGGAUUACAUCUAUGUAAAAAGAAGUGUGCAUAUGGAUAAAGACUGGGAACGCAGAUAACUGAAAUCAGUUGUGUUAGGGUGGUGGGGUUCUGUGAAUUUUUUUUCUUUUAGAAAUUUUCUUUCUCUGAUACUGAUAUAUUAAUAAUUUAAAUAAAUAAACAACAGAAGGGGAACUAUAGAAACAUAGAAGAGAUGCCAGAAGCAGAUGCCUUCUGGCCAAAGCCCAGAGCAUGCAGGGCACAGAUAUUUCCUAGUUACAAUUAUUCUGUAGGCUUUAUACUUGCCUGGGUACUAAGGUUGGCACACGCUCAGGUAUGGCACAUGCUUUCUUAUGAGACUAUUAUCUAAGUCAAGCUAAGGAGACAUCACUGCUAGAACUCCAACUGCAUUUUUCUGCUACAAAACAGGCUGCCGUCAGCUUUAGUAUGGCUUCCAGGUGUCUACUUUUUUUUUUUUGUUUGUUUUUGCCUUAGAUGGGAGGGUUGACAAAUUGAUUAGCCCCAUUGAUAAUACUUGUUUUAGAUGCCACCUUUCUAGCUUGUUUUAAAAGAUUUUUAAGGUCAAUUUUGGAAGGAUAGAAGGGUAAAAUAGCUAGCUUCCACCAGUUUCUUGCACAACAGGACCUAUCAUUCUGAUAGGAGUCCUUUUUAAAUAACCAUAGACAAAUCCCAUUGGUUUCCAUGGAAAUUAUCAUAUACAAUUAAGCAUAACUCCAAAAUUAUUAAGAGAAGUAUUUAAGAAUGUCUGUUAACAUUCAGUUCUAGUCCUAUUAGUUUUGGCUUGGGGUGGUCUCCUUAUGCUCUUGUGCUGCGUGAUUGUAGCAUGUAGGCAACAGUUGUGGGUUUUUUUGAAGAGAUAGGGAGACCAGCCAUCAAAAGAGAAUUUUCUUCUAACUCACCAAAGAAAUUUUAGGUGAGAACUUCAUUAUUGUAUGUUUCAUAGUGUCAUCAAAAGCAGACCAUAUCCCUAAGAAAACUCACAGGCAUUUACUUAGCUAUUCAUAAUACAUAUGGAAGUCUUAUCCCUGCCAUCUUGGUUGAAUCCUGUCCUUUUCUGAGCUCUUUGAAGUUAAUACUCACUCAAACAAAUGAAUGGCGUGUGGCAUAAACAUCUCCCAGUCUUGGAAGAAGAAGCCUGAAAUUCAGCAUUUGUAAACUGACAGUCUAAUGGGCCUGGGAUUUGGAAUAACCUUAACACACAAUACUGAACAUAUAUUUGCAUGUGGAUUGGAAAGGAAAUAAAUAGGGCCUUGGGAAUAAGGGAAAUGUUUCUCCUAUGAAAGAGUUUUUCAUAAAAGACUUAUUUCUACUAUAAUUUCUGGUUGGUUGGCUUUCAGUUUUAUCUCUUCUUUUCUGCUUCACACUCCUUCAGUAAGCAAAUAUAUCUAACCAACUUCUCAUGCAAGGGAAUGUCUGUUUAUCAUCAAACAGUAUCUCACUGAAUCUGCAAAUGUGGGACUUGAGAUAUCACCAUGUGCACACCUCUGACUAUACAGACACUACCAACUUGUAGCAUUGAUUGCCACUUAAGUCCAUUGAACUUGCAAGUUGAACUUAGAAAAUCUAAGUCAUGCCACCAGACUCUCCAAAGAAGCUGCCAUCAGGUGAAUGCUGUCCUAUUAACACCAACAGUAAGGCAAGUACCAUGUUCAUCUGACUGAGUACCUAGACAAAAACUGACAAUAAUGGUAGAGAAUAAGUCAGAUGUAGAACUAACCAUACCCAGGAAGGAGACCUAGAUGUUAAUAUGGGUGUUUUACCUAACUUGCUGUGUGACCUCGAGCAGAUCACUUAACCCUUCUAUUUUAUUCAUCUAUAAAAUAAGGGCACUGAAAUAACUGCUCUUCAAGGUCUUUCCAAAAGCUCUGAUAUUGUGUGGGGUAACAGUUUGCCUUGCAAGUUCAACCUGAUAAAGUGAUGGCAAAUAUCACAAGCUUAAGCCUGGAUCUCUAUGUUGCAGCUCCAUAGAACCAUGUACAAUGGAAAAACUCAAGUAAAUAAAGUUAACAGACAGCACCAGGGAAUGUUGAUCAAACUCAUGGAAACCUUCCAACUUCCUCACGAUUGUUUUGUUUUUAUUUUAAUGUCUUUUUCCACUGAAUGUUCCCAGUUUUCCUUUUCUAUACACUGUACGUAAAGUCUGGUUUCCAUUAAGCUGUGGCUAGCAUUUGCUACUAGAACAGAAAUUCACUGUCACAUUUCAUAGAAUAAAACUGUACUUGGGCCUCUCUAUUCCUAUGAAGCAGUUAUAGGACUUUGAGCAUUAAAGUACAAAUGGCACAGGAUGGCAGAACCCAAGCAUCUUAAUGACUAAGACCACAGAGUGGACCUAUGUACGGACAAGUUGCAAAAAGAGCAAAAGAAAGGCAAUUGCAUAAUUAUAGCUGACAAAUUAACUGUUGGGAUCAAAGAAAACAUUUCUUGCAGAAAUUCCCACAACAAUUGGCUAAGUUAUUUGAGUAUGCUGCUGAAAAAGAAGAGAAACUAGAAGUUAGUUUGGUGAAUGGUCCCUACUGCCUGCCUACAGCAGAGUGCCAACCAGCCUGGAGUGUGAAAUUCAAGUUCAAUGUGUGUGCUUGUGUGUGGUGUGCUUUUUGGACCCGCAUAUACUAUAUUCAUUAGUGAUGGUAAGAUCUUUCACCAUUAAUGGGUUGAGCUUAAAAAUCUCAGUACAUCUGACAGUAGCUGCCAGAUUACAUGGAUACUGAUGUCUACUGGGAUUAAACUCAUAACAUCCAAAUAAACUAGAUUGAGGAGGAUCUUCAUUUUUCACUGUUUAUCGGAAUUGUAUCUCAUUUGGCUGUGCAUUACUUUUGUCAAAAUGUGUUGUUAUUUGUUAACCCACGUGUAGUGAACUUCUGUAAUUUUGGAUUAAUGGUAUUUAUGGUCUUAUGUUUGUUUGAUUUUUAAGUAAGUUAUUUCUUUCGUAGACUUGCUGAUGGUAUGACUUCAUCCCUCUGCCCUCAGCAGCUGAUCUUUUUGAGGAUUUUCAUUUCUGAUAUUGUUAUUUUAAAUUGUGGUUGAAGCAAUAGAAAUUUGAAAUAUGGAUUGUGCAUGACUGUGUCUUGAGUGUAAAAAUAUUACAGUUUGAAACUUGGACCUAAAGUAUUGCAAAUAAAACGACAAACAUCCGUG